AUGAGCAAUCCAGACGUUGUAACCCUAAAUGUUGGGGGUGUGAAGUUCACCACAUUGGCUUCAACACUUCAGAGGUUCCCAGAAUCCAGACUGGCACACAUGCUGGAUGGCAGCGAUCGGGAUUUCAGGCUUGUAAACGGUCAGUUCUUUGUAGACAGGGAUGGCUCCUUGUUCAGCUACAUACUGGACUAUCUCAGAACUUCUCACUUGACUUUACCCUCUGACUUCUCGGAAUAUGAAAGACUUCAGAGGGAAGCAGAGUUCUACCAACUUCAGGCUCUGGCUGAACAGCUAGGCCAGGAGAACUUUUACCGGCCCAGACAGGAGAUCUUGGAAGUAAGGUUCCUCCUGCAAGAGACACAUGCUUUCUUCCGUGUCUUCUGCUCAUGCAGCAGUACAGUUGAAGCUCUUGCUGACCGUAUUGUAAUGUAUGUAGAACAGCCAAUCGGAGGUCAAGGAUGGAACUUCCCAUUUUCCAACCAGAAACCUCUUGCUCCUGUGCCUCUACAAAGACCCUCACAUCAUGACCUUAUCUUCCAGUGUGGAACAGACUUCGCAACAGGAGAUCAAUUUGGAGCCAGGUAUGUGUCUAUAAAGCCUGAUCAGAGGAAACUACUGAAUGGAACCAACGUUCUGGGACUUUUGCUGGACAUCUUGCUGCGAGAGGGCUUUAGCUUGGUGAGCACAAGAGCUGUAUCAGCGGAGGAGAAGGUAGAGUGUUAUACAUUCCAGAGGAAGAAAAGACCUGAAAUCCUCACCAUCGCUGAAGAUUACAAACAGGAAAAGAACAUCAAUAUUCAAGUGAAACCGAGCAAGUCAACUAAAAAGAAAUGA